AAGACACGAAUAAUCUGUCGUUUUAGGGUCUCAUAUUAAAAUGGCCUUGCAAGGGACGGAGGAAAUAGAGGAGCAAAUUGAAGAGCCUGAGGACAUACAGGAUCAAGAUGCCAGAAUCUCUCCAGCGGAGGAAAUGCCUGGCGAUGGGCCUGGAGAGGAAGAGUCGGAUCCGCUACUCCUACCCUGGGAUCGAUUCUCUGCCUGGCUCCAUUGUAUUUGUGUUGUUGGCUUUGAUUUGGAACUGGGUCAAGCUGUGGAGGUUAUAUACCCACACCAUUCAAAACUUACAGAAAAAGAGAAAACAAGUAUUUGCUACCUGUCAUUCCCAGACUCCAAUUCAGGUUGUCUGGGGGACACUCAGUUCUGCUUCCGUUUCCGUCAGGCCUCGGUCAGGAAGUCGUCGUUGGGAUGUUUCCUGGACCAUUUUGACAGGGAUGCGCCCGUGUGCCUCAAGCGAGACCAGGGCCAUUUCUAUGGAUAUGUGUACUUCAGACAAGUCCGUGACAAGUCUCUUAAGAGAGGCUACUUCCAGAAGUCCCUGGUCCUCAUCAGUAAGCUGCCUUACGUCACCUUCUUCCACUCUCUGCUCAAGCUCAUUGCCCCUGAGUACUUUGAGAAACAGGAGCCUUGCCUAGAAGCUGCUUGCAAUGACAUUGACCGUUGGCCAACACCAUGUCCGGGGAAAAUACUGACGCUUCCGAUCAUGGGUGUCGUGAUGAAGGUUCGUAUCCCUACAUGCUAUGACAAGCCGGGAACAUCACAGCUUGUGCAGUCCACGCCGGUAAGAGGAAUGCUCCUGCUCGACACCCUUGUUUCGAUUGUACUCCCAACAAUCCAUGAAGUGGACCUCUUCAGAUGUUUCUAUCCAGUCUUCUUCCACAUUCAGAUGUUAUGGGAGCUUGUGUUGCUUGGUGAAGCUCUGGUUGUCAUGGCACCCUCCCCAGCAGAGUCCUCUGACACAGUGUUGGCAUUAGUCAGCUGCAUCUCCCCACUGCGCUACUGCAGUGAUUUUCGACCUUACUUCACCAUCCACGACAGUGAGUUUAAGGAGUACACCACACGAACGCAGGCUCCGCCCUCUGUGAUUUUGGGAGUGACGAACCCCUUCUUUGCCAAAACUCUCCAGCACUGGCCUCACAUUAUCCGCAUUGGGGAUAUGAAACAAGCAGGGGAGGUGGCCAAACAGAUGAAGGUGAAAAAACUGAAGAAUCUUAAGACCCUGGACUCUAAACCAGGUGUAUAUAGUGCAUACAAGCCUUUCUUAAACCGGGAUGAUGACAUCAUUAAGCAGCUUCAAAAGGGUGUUCAGCAGAAACGUCCUUCGGCGGCCCAGAAUGCCAUUUUGCGGCGGUAUUUCUUGGAGCUGACUCAGAGUUUCAUCAUUCCACUAGAGCGUUAUGUGGCCAGUCUUAUGCCUCUCCAAAAGAGUAUCUCUCCCUGGAAGAGUCCUCCCCAGCUGCGUCCUUUCAGUCAGGAGGAGUUUAUGAAGACUCUGGAGAAGGCCGGCCCUCAGCUCACCUCACGGCUGAAGGGAGACUGGAUCGGACUUUACAGACAGUUCCUCAAGUCGCCCAAUUUUGACGGCUGGUUCAGGAACCGCAGAAGGGAAAUGAUGCAGAAGCUGGAGGCCUUGCACCUUGAGGCUCUUUGCGAGGAGGAUCUUAAACUACAUAUCCAGAAACACACAGAAGUGGAGACAGUGGACCUUGUACUAAAGCUAAAGGACAAACUGUCACAGGCUGAGAGAGAGCAGCUGCCUGUAAGAACAGGGACCCUUGCUAAGCUACAGGCCCACAUCGAAGCCAUCAUCCUCUCCCUUCCAGAGGACCUGCAAGGCAUCCUCCACAAACCUUCCUCUCCCUGACUCCGCAGGGCUGCCGUUUCCCCUCCAGAGGGAAAACUUUCGCAUUAACAGGGUUGUGAGGGGCUAAGCCCUCAGACUGCUCCAUUCCUGCAAUGGAUCGUGGACCUUUUAACCAGACUUAUUUUUAAGUGCACUUGUUCCUUUACAGACCUGUGUGCCGUGAAAGUGCAAUGCUGGCGUUGCCGGGAACCAAUGAUGUGGAAAACGGUCCAGUGAAGUUCGCUACACUGUCUCGAAGCAGCAUCGGUCACGUAGAGUUAACAUGAACAAAAAUGUCAGCAAACCAGCAAUGUUAAACCCCAAAUAAGUCAUAGGAAGCAGAAGGGUAGAUAUGGAUCUGAAUUUGUUAAAUUCACAGUUUUAAAAUGUUAGAAUGUAGUCCGUGCUGGAAGUCACUGGAGGUAACCAUGUAAAAAAAAAAAUAGCUGUAACCAACAGUUAGAUGCAGCCGUACGAAGGGAAGUGAGUGGAAGUCACUGUGUAAAAGCUACUGACCAUCUGUGUAAUAUUCUGACAAAUACAUUUUUUGAAGCUGUCCACACUAUUGGCAUGCAUAAAACCUGACCCUUCACUGAAAAGAAAAAAAAACACUAA